AUGAAACGAUCAAGAGCAUGGUCCACAAAAGGUACUCGUGCUAUUGUUACCCGGCCUACUACAAGGGUAAACACAACGUCUAAAUUGGGUGCUAUCUCUGCAGCAGGCUUGAUCACAGUUGGUGUGAACCCCCCAACGCCUCCAAAAAGGGCUGAUGGAUACAUAAGCUUAGGGACCGUUGCAGGCCACUACAUUAGUUUCAUAAAAACCCACAUAUGA